AGUUAAAAUUUCAACGCAUUUUCUGCAUCAACGCGUUCCUUUCAUAACUUGCUUUUAGUUUUUUCAAGUUUUUUUAAGUCAAAUUAUUAUUCUUUGUUAUUUUAUAACAAUUUUCACAAGGUUUUAAUGCACGAAAUUGUCUGCUCAAAAUUCACAAGGACUGUGACCAGAAAAUCUAUUCGAGGUUUUUUCGUUUCGUUUCAACUUCGCGAUGAACGAGCAAAUUUCCCUACAGAGUUGCAAUUAAAAGUUACGAUCAUACAUUUAUUUAAAUACUGAUAUUGCGAUUUAUGAUGAAAAGAUUAAUUGAGAGGGCAUAGGAUAUACUCAUAAACUGUGGUAGUUUUCUUAAAUUUUAUUUAUGGUCCCCAAUUGGAUUGUUUUUCCUUUAGGAAGUAAAAAAGUACUAUUAACAGUGUCUUAAUUUUUAAAAUGUCGCCACCCUGACAAUGUUAUUUUCGACUUUGUUGUGCCAUACACUGAACGUACUACACCCAAUUUGUUGUAGAAACUCUUUCAGAAAGAAAAAUUCUGGUAGAACAAAAAGUCCAGUAAACUGCAGUUAAAUGCGUUCAGCAUUUUAAAAUUGCAUUCCAAGGAAAUAAAAGUUCAAAAUAAAAAUAUCAUAUAUUUAGUUGUUUAAAUUUAAACAGUGUCCAACUAAGCACAUCUUUACAAUAAAGUGUGGGGGCUCGGUUAUUAGCAAUUAACAUUACUAAUAUCCGUGGUGUCGUCAUCAUUAGCUAUUGCGGUUUCGGAAGGAUAUCAUCAGUAUUUAAGUGUACAAUACAAACGUCUGUUUGUUAUAGUAACGUUGCAAACCAAGAGCUGCAGUAAAAACCAGAGAGAAAUAUCAUGGCGCUAACAGAACACGAUAACGUCUUCUUUUUUGUUCCAAAUCUAAUUGGAUAUGCGCGCAUUGUACUAGCGUUGAUAGCUUUCUGGUGCAUGUCUACUAAUUAUGUGGCCGCCGGAUGGUGCUACGUCAUUAGCGCUCUACUAGAUGCCGUAGACGGGCAUGCGGCGCGUGCAUUUAAUCAAAGUACACGUUUCGGCGCGAUGUUGGAUCAAUUGACCGAUCGUUGUGGUACUAUGGGUCUUUUGGUUACGCUCAGCUACUUUUAUCCCAAAUAUAUGUUCUGGUUCCAGGUCUCAAUCGCCAUUGAUAUUGCUUGUCAUUGGCUUUAUAUGCAAACGAGCGUCAUGGUGGGAAAAACAUCACACAAAUCAUUCGAUGUUAAGGAAAAUGUAAUAAUGCGUACUUAUUAUCAGAAAAAUGUGCUCACAUUUAUGUGCUGCGCAAAUGAACUAUUUUAUGUUUGCCUGUAUCUUUUAUAUUUCACUUACGGGCCAUUAAUCUUUGGAAUGUCCUUGUUUAAACUUUUGGCUAUCGUCAUGGCGCCAUUUGCUCUACUGAAGUCUUUAAUCUCCUGCUUGCAUGCUUAUGUAGCCAGUAUUGACUUGGUCGCUUUAGAUAUGCGCGAACGUGAGGCAAAGCGUGAAAAGGAGGAGGGCAAAAAGGCAGAAUAAUUCUACCUGUUGGAGUCUUCGAAAUAAUUUUGCGAUGUAUAUAAUUUUAUACAAAUUUAUAUAUCGAUCAUUUGCGCGUUUCGUUAAAAUAUUUAUUAUUAAUAGUAUGAGUGUUGUUUAGUCGUAAUUAAUUUAAUUUAUUUCGUAUUUAAAAUGCAAUAUUUUUUUCCUAAAAUUAAAUAGUUAAUUUCCAUUAUUUACUCUAAGGCUUAAAAGUGUACCUACAUAAUUAUUAAACUUCAUACUUAAAUCACAUGAGAUCACAUUGUCUAAAAAAAAAAAAUUAAUGAAAGCAUGCACGUAGUAGUAUUUUUAUUGUGACUAAGUGAAUAAUAAGCAUAUGUAGAAGAAAUGUAAACGAAAAUAAAAAUUUUUUCAUUUCAUAUUAACAAAAUAACGGCAUGCAACAAAAUUAUUCAUUAUCUGUAGACAUUUAUUGUUACGCAUAAUUGUAAUUUAUGGAUGAGUAAAAUAAGAAGUUAAAAUAUUGUUGUAAAAAAUUUAUAAAUUUCUUCCAAGCAACCAUACUGAAUGUACAUUGACACAUGUAAUUUGAAAUAAGAGAUUUAGUGAAGAUUUGAAAGAGUUCAAAACGGAAGAAAAAUUGAAAAUGGAGAGCCAUAUAUAGGAUAUUUGUAUAUACAAUUAUACUAACUAAACUAUCUGAAUUUAUGAAUGUAACUCUCACAUUUAUGCUUAAUGCACAUUAUAUAUACAUAUAUAUUUGUAGAAAAAAUCUACUUCAAUUCUCAUAUGUGAAAUCUAUAAUAAACACUGAAUGUCUCAAAA